AAUAACGUAGCGAGAGCUGGUCCUGAUCUUGCCAUUCAUUUAAUGCUAUAUUUCAAACCCGCUUUCCUUGGAGAACUGGAUAAGAUUGUGCCCUUUUAAAUCAAAAUGGAUUAAGGAAAAAUUACUUGAAAAGUUGUGACUAAAAUUGUCCUCCAAGUUAUAUAACUCCCAGCUGAUGCUGAAUGGAGUACUGAGCCAGUAGUGUCACUAAUCGCAAGUAUGCACCGAGGUCACGGUGUUCCAUUUCUUUGUCCGAAGUGACAAUAAGCUGCUCAGAGCACGAUGUCACACCAUAGAACACCUUUUAUGAAAGGAUAACACCAUGUCACACCAUAGAACACCUUUUAUGAAAGGAUAACACCAUGUCACACCAUAGAACACCUUUUAUUAAAGGAUAAUAGCGUGUCACACCAUUGAACACCUUUUAUGAAAGGAUAAUAGCGUGUCACACUGGAGAACACCUUUUAUGAAAGGAUAACACUGUGCCACAUCAUGGAACACCUUUUAUUAAAAGAUAAUAGCGUGUCACUCCAAAGAACACCUUUUAUGAAAGGAUAACACUCUGUCACACCAUUGAACAUCUUCUAUUGAAGGAUAACAUUGUGCAUGUCACACUGUAGAACAUCUUUUAUCAAAGGAUAACACUGUGAGUGUCACACCAUAGAACAUCCUUUGUCAAAGGAUAACACCAUAUCAGACCAUAGAACAUCUUUUAUCAAGGAGUAACACCAUGUUAUAUCACAAAACAACUUCUACUGAAGUGUGUUUCUUUAUGUCAUUAUAUUUAUCACAGUGGCUUUUUAAUUGGUUAUGACUUCAGCAUGUGCUCCUACUUGCAAGUGUACAUGUAAAUAAAGUGCAAACCAUGAAAAAAUUCUAUAAAUGAAAAUUAACUUGCUAAAUUAUUUUAACCUUGGUGAUCUUUUCUUACAGGAAUGAAUUGGAGGAAAUAUGUGGUCUUUUGCUGAUAGUUAGACUACAUGAUCGUAGCAUUUUCCCUAACCCAUAUAAAUUCACCACCUUUUUCAAGGCAUCAUGUUAUUGGGCUUUCUGGUGAAGGAUUAGGUUUUAUGAAUUGUGUAUACUUACUGAGUUUACUUGGAGGUUGGAAUACUGUAGGGAUUAAUUUCUCUGAAAUAAGAGAUUCUGUGUUUUUAAGACAUAACAGAAAACAAAUUCAACAUGUCAUCAGUCAAGCGCUUGGUUUAUGCAGUCAUCCAUUUCUUGAGAGAACAGAGUCAAAUGGAUACUUUCACUCCAGAUGAACAAGAAAGCUUGGAAGUUGCAAUUCAGUGUCUGGAGACUGUGUUUAAGAUCACCCUGGAAGAUACUCAUCUUGCAUCCUCACAGCAUUUGAUAGAAAUGUUCGCAAAUUCUAUUCAAAAGAAUGAGAUGCUGCCUCUCUCGCGUACUUUACCAGAGGGUGUUGUAAAGGCUGACCAACUGAAGGAUGAAGGUAAUAAUCAUAUGAAGGAAGAAAAUUAUGGUGCUGCAGUGGAUUGUUACACUAGGGCUAUAGAACUGGAUCCAAACAAUGCAGUCUAUUACUGUAACAGGGCUGCUGCUCAAAGUAAGCUCAACAACUUCAGGGAAGCAAUAAAGGACUGUGAGAGUGCCAUAGCAAUAGAUCCAAAGUACAGCAAAGCAUAUGGAAGAAUGGGGUUGGCUCUGACCUCAGUGAAUAAAUAUGAAGAAGCAGUUACCAGUUAUCAAAAAGCACUGGAUCUUGAUCCAGAGAAUGACUCUUAUAAGUCAAAUUUGAAAAUAGCAGAACAGAAACUAAGAGAUGUGUCCAGUCCUACUGGAACUGGACUGAGUUUUGACAUGGCAAGCUUGAUAAACAAUCCUGCCUUCAUUAGUAUGGCAGCAAGCUUAAUGCAAAAUCCUCAGAUUCAACAACUGAUGUCAGGGAUGAUGUCAAAUGCCAUUGGUGGCCCUGCUGCUGGGGUUGGUGGCCUUUCGGAUUUGUCCAGCCUGAUCCACGCGGGGCAGCAGUUUGCACAGCAGAUUCAGCAGCAGAAUCCUGAGCUCAUAGAGCAACUGAGAAAUCAUAUCCGGAGCAGGUAUUUGAGUGGCAGCACUGAAGAACAUUCCUGACUUCAAGGAGUCAUGUGAAUUGGAAUGAUAUAUAACCCCAAAAUGCAUACCAUAGUUAGUAGCAAAAGCACCAUUGUAACUCUUCUGCUUGAAUAGAAGACAGAAAAUUCUUCAUGUGUGUUUGCAAACAAGAAUAAAUCUGGUAGACAGAUCUCUUGCACAUAACUUGGAACAUAGCGUUUAUGUAUAGUUACUCCUCUGAAAAUUAAUACACUGAAUAGGUGGUUUAUUAAAAUCCCCAAGUCCAAGUCAUUUCAGUAUGUGCAUCAGAUUGACCUCCGGGGCUACUGAGUGGGGAGGAGUUUUGUACUGUGCUGAUCUUGCCUAACAGGUACUUCUAAAAUGCUGGUGUAAAAGACCAUUACCAUGUUACUCAUACAAUGAGAAUCAUGACAGCUGUACUUCUUCAAACAGUAGUGAAAUACUAAAAUAUUGAAACAAUAGGCCCAUCUGAUGUGCCCUUUUAUAAUGAGCAUUAAGUAGUGUUUGAGUACAGAAUGUACUUGAAACUCAUGCUUGAGAAGUCUGUUUCCUUAAUCCUGUGGAGGGGCCUUCAUGAGUAACAGGAAAUACUUUUCAACUUCAUUGGGCAGAGGAGAGGGAGAUGACUGGAUAUGAAGGAGUACCACACAUUGUAGAGAAAGAGAAGACAAUAAUUCUGUGUAGGAUAAUGCACAGAAAUCAAAAUGGAACUUGGCUUGGGAAAGGAAAGAGAAGUUGUAGGCUUUUCUACUGCCAUGUAUACCCUCACAUUAUGAUGGUAGCCCUGGAGGUCAGAAUUAUGGCACUAUGUUCCUAGGCAUGGCAAGCUGUAUUACAUUCCGUAUGUAUGCAGUAUUUAAUAGAAACUUAAAAUUCUUAACUGUAAUAAGCUAAAACUGAGCCUGUGACUGUACAAAUAACUAGUACUGAAAACUUUAAAAAAGAACUGCCUUAGAAGGAUUCUUUUUCUAUUCUUGUGUGAUAAAUCACUGGCUUAAACAAUUGGGGAUUUUUUUUUAAUUACACAUAUCUAUCUAAAAUGAUGGUUAUAUAGUCAAGUUAAAGAUUUUUCAACUCUAUAGUAUUUGUUUCUUGCUCAGUUAAUAUUACUCUUGCAAGACUGCUGCUCUUCUAUGUAUGUCUAGUGUGUUAACUUUUUUUACUGUGCUUACUGUUCACACUGCUUUCUGAUACAAAGUACACUUGUUCUUAGCCCAGGGAGGUUCUCAACACACUUUGCUCUUUGUAUAUCUUAACUAAUUUGAGGAGCCUGCUUUGCAUUCUUAAACAAAGUGAUUUCUCAUGGCCAUUAGUCUGGAGGAGAGAUGUGGAGGAGUAACAACAGACUCCUAAAUGGAGAAAUACACAGGAACUCCUGAGCCUCAGACUUUAUGUCCAACUGAUACUAAACCAGAUUGAUACUAAUUAUAUUGGAUUAUAUACAACUGAUACUAAACCUAAAUUUUAUAUCAAACUGAUAUCCUACUAAACCAGACGGAAAAAUGCAGUUGGAUCCAAUGAGAAAUGAAAGGAAUUGGAGAAAACAAAUCUAGGAAAUCCAUAUUACCAACUGUUGAAUAAAGAAGUGAAGCUUAAUAGAUAAGCAAUUUUAAGACAUUUCAUACUUUAUUGAAUAGCUUGCCUAUGUACAACAUUAAAAUGCUUUUAAAAAUUCUCUCUAAUUUGGUGUAGCUGCUGGCUGUAGAGAUACUUAAGCUUUACAUUAAACACAUUUUCAAGUAACAGCUUCUGACUCAACAUCUAUUGCCAAGAGAAUUCCUAAAGAGAUCUUUUUCAGAGGUGGCUCAGAUCUUGAAUCUAAUCCAUUUAAGGAAAUUAAUUAAGUUCAAUUACACUGAGUAGCACAGGAAUACCCUUUAGAAGGAUGAUUAAUGGAGGCUCUGGGUGGGUUACAAAAAGUGUACAGGUAUUACUUGGAAUAGUGGGUUGUGUCAGGAGAAAAGCAUUGUACCUAGUAUGUACCCUGUUAAACUUCUCAGUUCCUUUUAAUUCUUUGUCAUAUCUUCAACUGCUCAAAGUAUGUUUCACUAAAUUUGAUAGGGAGAACCAAAAAAAAAAAAAAUCCAUGGUGGACUGGACAGCUCUGCCAAUAUCUCUACAAACUCAAAUUAUUCUAUUCAAAAUAUACAAAUUCAAAUUAUUGCUUUGCAACAGCAAUCCUCAUGCAGUCAGUUACUUUUCUGCUGUAAGACAGAGUGUUAAGAAUUUAAUGAGAGAUCCUUAAGAACUACAAAAUAUGUUAAUAGCCAAAGAGGGCAGAAUAAGUUGUGUAUUUGUACUGUCAAGUACAAGCUCCAUAGCUUACUGGCUUCAUGGGAAAACAAUCCCCAAGGUUAAAUGGAAUGAAGCAUUAGUUAGUUAUGUGAAAACUUCUCUUGCAGUCAUCUUCAUGGAGUUGUAACUUUCAUUUCACAUGCUACAGUAUUGUUGUGUUUAGGUUUUACUUCGGCUAAUACAGAAUAUAUAUUAAAAAGUUAACAGCAUUAGCUAAGCCUUCAGGAAUGUACUACUAUUGACUGGCACAAUACCUUACUAGUAAACAUUCUCUGUUUCUUGUGUAUUAACAGAAAGGGCUUUAUAGCCUAAACAAAAAACAGUGAAACCAGUAACAGGAGCUGUCAUUACAUGCUUUUCCACUGAAACCAUGAACAAAGAGAUCAUUUAUGCUAAAGUCUGCUUUUCUAUGAAUUGCCUAGAUUGUUUCAAUCAUGCAACAUGUCUUAAUCACAGGGUGUGGAGGGAGUCUUUUCCCGUGUAGUAACUGCUCUGUAUCUUCUGCUAAAAUUUUUCAUUGUGCUAGAUAAGGUGGUAAACCACAGUCCCUGUAAAUACUGCUUUAAUCUAAGGUCAACUGCAGUUUAUCAUUCAACUGAGCAAAUCCACAUUUACACCUAAUUGGUUUUGAAUCAUUACUGUUCCAUCACUGUAUAAGUAUGAUAAUUUGUUAGAGAAGAAAAUAUUUUGCAAUCAGUUGUAAACUCCUAUAACCUGCUUGCAUGGGAGUAUAUUCUUCUAAUUAUGAUCAUAAAGACACCAAAUGAAAAAUUCAG